UUAACCCUUUUGAUCCUUUUCUUUGUAAUUCAAACAUUUCGGACAAUGAUAAUACACCUUCAGUGGGUAUGAAUGUUUAUCUUUGAUGGGCAUAAUUUACUACAAUUUUGCAGCAAAUCUUAAGUAUAGUUUAGACGAAUUUUUCAAAACAAAGGAAACUCCAAAUGGCGUUGAAGUUAAGUCGAAACAUAAUGGCGUGUGAUGACAGUUAUAAUGACAAUAACAUAGAAGUGUUUUCUAGCGAAAUGAUGAACGAAAUCUUCAGAAUUAUUGAACCUCAAUCUGAUACACUAAUCUCAGAGACCGGAGAAUCAUCGUCAUUUGAACACUUACCGCCCAAUGAUGGAACAAACGCUUCCUUUGAUCCUAAUCACCAUCUUGCUCUUCCUGAUGAAACAUCCUACGAGCAAAGUCCAGAAUCUGUCCACUAUCAAAAUUAUUACCAACCAUGUGACCCAAGUCUAUGUUACGUCACUGAUGACAACUGUAGUGUGACGUCAGGCUGUGCCGACAUCAGACAACCUUACUAUACGGGCUAUCCCCAGCCCUGUACUACUACCCUCCCUGCGUUCCAGACCUCAUUCCCUCCGUACUAUGCACCCGUUGAGGUCAAAACAGAGGAUGAUUCCGAGUUUGUCGAUCAGAGUUCCUUCAUGUGUCGAAAAGGAAAAAGAGGAGCCAAAAAUGUUUUGCUAUGGAAGUUUAUUCUGGAACAGCUACGAAGUGGCACUGAGUCCAUACGUUGGGUAAAUCUGCUAACUGGAACCUUCCGAUUUGUCGAUACCACCGACAUAAGUAGAAAGUGGGGAGAGAAGAAAAGAAAAUCUGAUAUGAAUUUCGAAAAAUUAAGUCGAGGAAUAAGACAUUAUUAUAAAUCCGGAUUUAUGAGUCGGGAGGACGGAACAAGAUUAGUUUAUCGGUUCCACUGGUCCAAAGUACCGCGGGCAUGGCGACCACGGGAAGUACAAUACGAAUUUGACAGACGGUGUAGAAAACACUAUCAAAAUAGACUAUGAACUUAAGACCACAAAACGCUUCACCAAGAACCUCAGAAAGGCUGGGAAAGAUGCAAUGAUUCCUGUAUAUAUUUUUGUAUGUGUUCGUGACUUAUUGUUCAAUAGUGUUACGUUGUAACCAAUCGUGCUUUAUUUUGCCAUAUCAAGUGUUCAUACAGCUGUUUGUUUGCGUUCGAUUUCUCGAGGGCUUUUAUUUAAAAAUAAACACA